CUCCUCCCGCCUUAAAUGGCCUCCCCCUCCCCUGCGCCGCCCCCCGCCGGCGACCAACGGCCACACCACCCCCUCCUCGCCGCGGCCGCGGCCGCCUCCCUGCUCGCCGUCCUCUACCUCCCGCGCCCCCUCCUGCAGCUGCUCCUCUCUCCCGCCCCGCUCUCCUCUGUCCUCCUCCUCGUCUACCUGCUUCGCCUCGGCUCCCCGCCACCUGCCGCGACCCUUCGUCCUCUUCCUCCUCCGCCUCAGGAGAGAGCCCCGGAGGUCACCCAGCCUCCGCCUCCACCUCCUCCGCCGCCGCCGGCAAAGCCCCAGAGCGUGUUCCUGGAGCCCGAGUUCGCGUCGUGGGCGCCCAAAGGCCGCGCGCUGGAGGUGAUCCACGAGGAGUUCGAGGCAGAGUGGGGGCCGGAGGAGAUGGGCCUGCCCUGGACGUCGGACUCCGACUCGGACAGCUGCAGCGGCAGCGACGACUACGACGACGGCGGCGGCGGCGGCGGCGGGGAGGAGUACGGGAUGAUCGAGAUCGAGCUGGAGGAGGACAACCUCAUCGAGAUCGACAUCUCGAGGUGCCGGUGAUGGAUUACCCCGACAUUCCGACUGGUCCCCCCACCCCCUUGUUUCUCUUGCCUUGGUUUUGACUUCAAGAAAAUGCAUUUUGCUGAUUCGGCGUGUGAAUUCGAGUGCCGUUCUUUAUUCUAUCUAGUACUUAGAUGCUGCAAUGUACAUAGGCUGGUGACUGGUGAGAUGAGAAACAUACCGAGUGAGGAAGGCUUGCUAAUUUUUGGUUCAUCUGAGAUGAUUACGAGUUUAGUUUGAUCCUACUGGUACUAGUUUUGUGCCGUGUUCAUCACUUGUUACCUCAAGGAAUCAACUUGUGAGGCUUGCAUCGGUCUUUCUUUAUCCAA